ACUUACCAAGGUGCGGGGGGCUAUGGCUUCCAGGUACAGCCCAUGGGAGUCCCAGCUGGACUUGCUGUUCCACCCAUCCAGAACCAGCCCAUCGUGAAGGAGGGGACAAUCUGGAUGCCUGUCCCUCCUCCUCUUCCCAACUGCCCUCCUGGACUGGAAUACCUCACACAGAUUGACCAGAUACUAGUUCAUCAGCAAAUUGAACUUCUUGAGAUUUUAACUGGCUUUGAAACAAACAACAAAUAUGAAAUCAAGAAUACGCUGGGGCAAAGGGUGUACUUUGCAGCAGAAGACAAUGACUGCUGCACCAGGAACUGCUGUGGGCCAUCACGACCCUUCACCCUCCGGAUUAUAGACAACCUGGGCCAUGAGGUGAUAACGCUGCAGAGACCCCUCCGGUGUUCCUCGUGCUGCUUUCCCUGCUGCUUACAGGAGCUGGAAGUUCAGGCACCUCCAGGAACACCAGUUGGUUAUGUUGUCCAGAACUGGCAUCCCUGCCUGCCAAAGUUUACCAUUCAGAAUGAGAAAAGAAUGGAUGUACUGAAAAUUAUUGGCCCAUGUGUUGUCUGCAGCUGUUGUGAGGACAUUCAUUUUGAGGUGAAGUCUGUGGAUGAGACUGCUUCUGUUGGGAGGAUUUCUAAGCAGUGGACUGGGUUUUUGAAAGAAGCCUUUACGGAUGCAGAUAACUUUGGAAUCACAUUCCCAAUGGACCUGGAUGUAAAAAUGAAAGCUGUCAUGAUCGGUGCUUGCUUCCUUAUUGACUUCAUGUUUUUUGAGCAUGCUGGUGAUAACCAACAGCGAACAGGAGUUUGGCAAUGAAAUCUAGAACCUUUUACACAGAAGGAAGAACAACAUACAUCUCCCAACUUCCCAGUGGAUUGCAGAGCUCCAGUAAGA